CUGGGGCGAUGCGCCUGGCACAUCGACCGACGUGCGCGUCCGCAGCAGCAGCAGCAAGUAGUGCAUCGCGCGUCGCACUAUCGCGUUCAUUUCCCGUCGCCGCCGUCGUCGUCGUCGUCGUCAUCCCCGUCAUCGGUGCCGGACUCGCUGGAACGACGACGCUCGCACGCGAGCGCGUCGCCGCGGCCUCGAGAUGAGAGACGUGUGACCGAAGGAGGACCGAUCGCCAGCCGAGGAGGCAUGGCUAGCAGCACGGAGGACUACGGUUCCGAGCUGCAGGAGCUGCAGUGGGGUGGCGGCGGUACCACCACCGGAAGCGGUGCCGCGCACUUCCUGCGCGGCGGCGGCGGCGGUUCUCACUACCUGCGAAGCGGCACCGGCGGCUGCUACGAGGCCGAGGACCUCGAGUCGUCCAGCACUGCCGGCCGUCAUCAUGGCGGUCAGCAUCGCGGCUAUUACAGUCCACCCGGCACCAGCUACACCAUCGUCGAGAGGCCGCCGAGCGCGCCCCAUCAUCACUCGUCGCACGCCACCCCUUACAGAUCCCACCGGGGUCACGGAACCGCCGGUGGAGGAGGCGGAGGCGGCGGCGUCGGCGGCGGCACUGGUGCCAUCUCCCCGGAACAGGUGCUCAGAUUGUUCGGCAACAGCGUCUCGGAACGGCGUCAGGGCGAUCGUAGAUCUCCGGCGUCCAGCCCGGCGAGCGUGACAGCCGCACGUGGCACGCCGACCAUCUCUGGCGGCUCGCAGCAACAGCAGCAGCAAUCGCAACAGUCGCAGCAGCAGCAGCAGCAACAGCAGCAAACCAACACCGGGAAUCCGCCCACGUCGCCGAUCGCGCAGCCGCUCAGCCUUCAGGAGCUCACCGUAAGGACAAUCACCAUGACGAGAGAUCCGCCGGACUCUCACCAUGGCUUUGGCAUCUGCGUGAAGGGUGGCAAGGACGCAGGUGAGAUCCGAAGUACCUUCAGGCUACCCCCGUCGCCGUACUUCGUGCCUCGAGAACGAGGGGUGGGUGUCUACAUUUCGAGGGUGGAGGAGGGUUCGGUGGCCGAGCGAGCUGGACUCAGGCCAGGAGACACUAUCUUGGAGGUUAACGGCACACCCUUCCGCGCGGUCACCCACGAGGAGGCCCUCAAAAUGCUGAAGUCCUGCAGGACCUUGAGCAUGACCGUGCGGGGGCCCGCACUGGACCCCCGUUGUCGGGGCGGUCACCCUGUCUGGUCGUCGUCGGGUCGACAGCAGUCCUGCAGCUGGAUGGAUCGCCAAGGUCGUCCAGCAUCCCCGCCACCCCUCCAUCCGCCCCGCGAUUCCCGCUACGGUCCGAGGACGCGUAAGGUCGAAUUGUGCAUCGAACCCGGUCAAUCCUUGGGCCUGAUGAUCCGGGGUGGCCUCGAAUACGGCCUCGGAAUUUACGUCACGGGUGUCGACAAGGACAGCGUCGCCGAUCGCGCCGGCCUCCUCGUGGGCGAUCAAAUCAUCGAGGUAAACGGACAAAAUUUCGAGGAAGCCACGCACGACGAAGCUGUCCAGAUAUUGAAGACUAACAAGAGGAUGAGUCUAUUGAUACGCGAUGUCGGCAAGGUUCCCCAUUCCUGUACCACCAGUCAGCCUAUAGUAAUCCCGACCGCCCGAUAUCCCGAGCACGAUCCUUUGCUAGAAAGCCCCGGCAAUCAUCGACCACCUAGUCCCACGAGUAGCACAAACGAGUGGAGACAUCGAAGUGGCUUUCAUACAAUUUCGGCGGCCACCGCCGCCAUGGUGGAGGAGAAGGCAAGAGUCGUCCUCGCCAGGAGCGAGCGAGCCGCACUCUCUCAACUUCUGGCGGAUUACAGGACGAGAAGGCUGACGAUAGAGGAAUUGGUCGUCAGUCUGGCCGAUUUGCUCAACACCCAUGAGAAACUGACACUAUUGACAGAGCUUAGGGAGCUCGUCGAUAACAAAGACAGAGCGGCCUUCGACGACCUCGUCUAUCGACCCCGAAUAGCGAUGGCCAGGAGAAAAGGCGACCGCGCUCACUCGGAUUUGAUAGUGACUCCCUCGCUGCACGAUCUUCCGAGGGGUGUGCCCGGUUGCCGUCCGGGACGACUGGUGGACGUCGAGGGAGACCCCCUAGGAGUGACGGGCCCUCUUCUACCGCGGGAUAGCCAGGAGUAUAGAUCGCCAAGCGAGGACAGCGGUCUCGGGGCCGACAUGCCCAGGACCAGAGUGGGCUGCAGGAGGGCGCAGCAGCACCAAGUGACGACCUCCGACCUCGCCCUCUCCAACGAUGACGAGUGCGACAAUCAGGAUUACGAUGACGAGAUCGAGAACGGACGAGGUCGCAGGCAUAGCUCCCCGGGCGGAUCGCGAGGUAAUCCCAGGGAUUACGGCCAUCGCCUGCAUCCGGACAAUUUGGAAAGCGACGGGUGUUGCGAGGGUAGCGACGCCGAGAUGAUCGGUAACGGGAGACGGGGCGCCGGCGAGAGGGAUCGCGAUUUGGAGGAGGAUGACGAGCUCGAGAGCAGGGAGGAGAGGAGCUCGGAGAGUGGAGGAGGUGGUGGGGGUUUCGGUGGUUGGAGGUCCCACUUGCUCGGUGGGCUAACGCAACGCGUCAAAUCCUGGUACUGGGGCGCCAGGCCCCUCGAGCUCGCGCACAAGCUCUCGCGGAGCUUCGACAUGCAGGAGGCACAGCUGCUGGAGGAGGGUGGUUCCGGCGGCGGGCCCGCCGGAAGCGGAACCGCGGGGGGCCCGCCGCGGCGGCAUCACAGCGUGCAACGACUGAGCCGCAACGAGAUGUCCGAACGACGUGAAGAAGACGGCGCCCUGGUGGUGCCCGAUCAUCAGGGCAACCUGCGCAUCACCGUAAAAAAGACCAAAUCGAUUCUGGGCAUCGCCAUUGAAGGCGGCGCCAACACCAAGCACCCACUGCCCCGGAUCAUCAACAUACACGACAAUGGAGCAGCUUACGAGGCUGGCGGCCUCGAAGUCGGCCAGCUUAUCCUUGAGGUCGAUGGUCAGAAAGUUGAAGGACUUCAUCACCAGGAGGUCGCGCGGCUGAUCGCCGAGUCAUUCGCGCGCCGCGAUCGCAACGAGAUCGAAUUUCUGGUGGUGGAGGCAAAGAAGAGCAACUUGGAGCCGAAGCCGACGGCGCUGAUAUUCCUGGAAGCGUAGCAGGAAUCUCCCACCUCCGAGCCGGAACCACCGUAGCUCAAUCUGACCAAAGCUCGGCCAGCGGCGAUUUAGCUCGAUCUCGAGCUCGAUCCUCGAAUCGAAAAACUAGUCAAAAGAGUGUCGAAGAGAUUUAACCUUGAGAGAGGUCUCUUCGGAUUCUCCAUUCGAAUUGCCGAGCUGUCGAUUAGCUGCUAAUUGUUUAAUCUGGCCCUGGUGGUGGGAAUUCUACUUUACUUCACGAGUUACAACAUUUUCGCGAGGAGAGAAGAGCGAAGAGGAGGUGGUCUGGACCGGCGUUGCCAGAUUCUUUAUAUUCCGACUCUUUGGAAGGCCGUUUUGAAAACCCGUGGAAUCGUGCUAACGGGACGAGAAGUCCUUGGAAAGUUCCUGGCAGUCGUGUACUCGCUCGGACUUUUCUGCCCUCGCGAUUGACUGGAGAUCGCGCGCGAACAAGAGUUAACUCAUCGUGUAAAUACAUACCGCUAUUGUACAUAUUCUUACAACAGACAGUUCGAUAGAAGAAGCAAAUUAGUCAUACGUGUCAGGAGAGGGAACUGGUGAACUCCGAGGAUUCCCGGCAACGCCGGUCCCGAUCUCGAAUCGGAACUUAAUUCACCAAUUAAUUGCGCGAUCAUCGUCGCGAUGCAGCUCGAUGCAGCGAAGCGGCGAGGGUGCAUCGGGGUUAUUUUUCGCAAGACCUCGAAGACGGAAGGAAGAUCAUAUAUAUUUUAUUUUUCAUCGUCGGCGGUCAUUUCGAGGAUUAAAAAAAUGCGAAGGAUCGUGCAAUGUGCCAAACUAACUAACGCAAGCCGUAUACUAAUAAAAACUAUAUAAUCGAUAAGAGAUUGAUUUGGAAAGAAAGGAGGAAUAAACUUUGAGAGAAACGCGUCAAGAGCAAAAAAUAUGCGAGAAAAUGCAACGAGAGAGAAUGCGGACCUACAUGCUCAUAGUGUAGCUGCGUGAACGAUUACCUCACAGAUACACUCAUAGACAAACAGACACACACACACACACAUACACACAUACACACAAUAUUCACUUUUAACACGAAUAUUAUAAUCGCGCAAGAGAUCCGAGUUUUGACGACGCAAAUUCGUGUCGAUUCGAGCUGAGAUUAAUAAUCGCGACGUUGAUUAUAUAUAUAAUUAUGAGAGUUAUGGCAGACAUUUGUAUUCAAAAGGUAGAAGGAUGCAAGUCCUAAAGGAUACAAGUCCUACUUCAAGAAAAGCUUGGAAAGUUCCGAAAUUACGUCCGCGCGAUUUAUUGAAAUAAACUUGAAAUUUUAUAUGCAUUAAAUAAUACAGCUAAAUAUAUAAGUCAAGGAAAUGGAAUGACAUUGAAUCAAA